CAAAUAAUGUUAUUGUGUUAUUGUUGCUGACGAAGAAUAAAACAAUGAAAUUUAACCAGAUUUAGACAUGUUUAUAUUAAUAACCUUUUUUGUAUCGCAUAAUAUUUUUGUUAAUGCAAAAUAUUACGAAGUUAUGUACCCUUCAUCACAAGAUAACAUCUUGAGGAAGGUGUUUUCGGAAACAGUCGAUUUGAAGACUUUAACGCAUCUAGGAAAAGUCUUCCCAAACCAUGCGAUUGAAAUACACGUGGAAAAGACGCAAGACGAACCACCACAAAUUCCAUAUCAGUACAUGAACUGGUUAAGAGCGAACCCUAACUUUCAGACAAAAGCACGACGUCCAAUAGAACGUUCAGGGGAAAAUCUCGAAAUGUCCACCACAUCAUCUCCCACCUCCACAACAACGACAACUACAACAACCUCGACGAGUACGUUUCCUACCAGAACAAGCGAUCUACUAACUUCUCCACCAACGGAUAAUACAAUAAGUAAAGAUAAUCGAAAACGGCCUUUGUAUAUUGAAGAUCUUAUACAAGCUCUAGAAGAUUUUCAUAAGAAAACGAAACAAGAUAAAUUUACUGCGAGUAACAGAAUCGAUUUAGCAACUGAUGAUGAUCCUGAUCGUCCAUUAGUAAAAAAGGAUUUAUGGGAUCUCGAAAAUAUUAUAUCUUCCAGAGGUAAAUUUAUUUUUUCAGGAUAUUCCUAGUGGUUAUUCCUAUUUAACAAACUUCAUCAACAGCUGAAACGAUUUAGAUGAAGUUCGGUAUGGAGUGAGUUUAAGUUCCAAAGAAGGACAUAGAAUAGUUUUAUCCCGGAAAUCAUCUCUUAAGGAGGUGAAAAAGAAGGGUGAACUUUACUACAGAUGUGGUACAGUCAGCGUCAAAUACUUUGUAGCAACCAAAGUAGCCAAAUAGUUCGGUACGCCAUAUAUUUAGUAUGGUCCACUUUGACUGCUACUAGGGAAUGCAAAAACCGGUUUUUUCUUCGGUUUUACAAAAAAAAACGAAACCGGUUGAAACCGGUUUCGGUUUUUAGAAUCAACAAUUCUUAAAUUCAUCACCAUGGAAUAAAGAAAAGAUUGCUUCACGUGUAAAAACGAAUGCUAGUAUAGUAUAUACACGAUUUUAUCACGAGAUUAAAAACAGAAUAUCUGACUAUUUUAUUGUAUUGUAUGGGAAUCGUCAAAUGACUUAAUGUUAUUUGUAACUAGGAAUAAGAACAAACUAAUUUUAUUAAAUUAUUUUUUUUGUUUGUUGGUUAGACACCGAUGGGAUAGGUCAUUUUUUCUUAAAUUAUGACAAUAUCAAUUUAUAAUUUAAUGUUAUUUGUCUUAAAUCAAAUGGCCCAAUCCGAAAUCUUGCUCUAAGUUUUUCGCUGUCUUCUAGUAUAUAUUCAAGUAGUUAAUUCGUUUACUGUUACUACCUUCCUUUAAAAAAUAAUAUGGAAAAAAUAACACAAACACAACUUUUCCAAUAAUGCCAAUAUCGCUAAUACAACAAUUCACGUCGCGUGUUUCUUCUCGAAAAUUCAAUUAGAAACUGAUGGUGUUAGCUUAAAAUGGGCAAACACAGGUAGUCAAGUAAUUCCAUUCUUUAGGGUUUGAACUACCCUUUCCUAUUAGAGCGAAAGAGACAAAACAGGUUGUCGGUAAGUCGUUAUCACCGAACCAACAAAAGACUCUAAAGCUGCCAUUGAUAUAAUUGAUUACGUGGAAUUUUUCUACAGCGCAUCGCAUAAUUAAGUUAUAAGUAAGACCUUUUAUACCCAUUUUUAUUAAAAAGUACAACUAUACAAUUCGUACACUAGCACGGAUGUCCUGCAACUGCCAGUACUUUAUAUUAUUUAAAUCUUUCGUAUUUUUGUAUUUUGUACCGUAAAAAUUCAUUUAGCGUUACAAAUAAUCAAACUAACACAACACCACAAUUAUUUGAUUUGAUGUCGAUUCAACCGGUUUAGGACCGAUUUAUACCCUUAUAAUGAAUACCUAAAACAUGCAACUUAGGUAAAUAAAAAAACCGAAUAAAACCGAAACCGGUUUCGGUUAAAACCGGUUUGCAUUCCCUAACUGCUACAAAGUAUUUGACGCUGACUGUACAUGGAAAUUCUAUGCAGGCGAAGUCGCGGACAAAGGCUAGUGAAACUUUAAGUACUGAUAAGACUAAAACAAACAAACUUAUUCAGAAGGCGGCGAAGAUAUUACUCAUACAGCUGAAAGCUGUUUAAGCUAGAUAUACUGAGUUGGCUUUGUUCAAUGUACCUUCAGCAAAGUCAUAAGUACCACACUACAAAACUUAUAGUAGGUACUCGUAAGACGGCCCAAUUCGAACUUCAAGACACGUCUUAGUGUCAAAAGUGAUAUUUCUUCAAACAAAAACCUCACUUUUGAUACUCACAUGUCUGAUCCAUAUCGUAUUUAGAUCUAAUAUUUGACGUAUCUUAAAGUUCGAAUCAGGCUGUAAUACAUGGUAGAAGCAAUACUAAUAUUAGGUAUUUAUAAUUAUGUAGUAUUUGUUAUUUGGAAUGAGAAUGUACCUACAAAUUCCAAGUAGUAGAAAUAUAUGCCACGAACUAAUAAAACGUUUUAUGAAUUUAGAAUUACCUUAAUAGAAACACCAUAAUAAUUAUCCACAGAUUGUAAAGACAAACAUGGCACUGAUGAAGCAAUCAAGGAUUUCAAAGACGUCAUAAAUUUAAUUAACAAAGGCGUUAAAGUACAACUGGAAGUAACAACACCAGCCGGUGUUGACUCUGAUUUAAAUUGGGUUCCCAUUAAAAUACCUGUGUAACGAUAAAUAAACAUAAAACACGACUAA